GCGGCGGCGAGCGGGCGGGACUCCCCCUACGCCCCCGCCGCCCGCGCCCCGCGCCCGCCCGCGCCCCGCUCCCGGGGUCGGGGAGAACAGGACCGCAGCUGGAGUCGGGGGCCGCCGAAGAUGGGGAACACUACCUCGUGCUGCGUGUCGUCCAGCCCCAAGCUCCGGAGGAAUGCCCACUCCCGGCUGGAGUCCUACCGGCCGGACACGGACCUGAGCCGCGAGGACACGGGCUGCAACCUGCAGCACAUCAGCGACCGGGAGAACAUCGACGAUUUGAACAUGGAAUUCAAUCCUUCAGAUCAUCCUCGGGCCAGCACAAUAUUCCUCAGUAAAUCUCAGACAGACGUGAGAGAAAAACGCAAGAGUCUCUUCAUUAACCAUCAUCCUCCAGGACAAAUAGCAAGGAAAUACAGCUCCUGCUCUACCAUUUUCCUAGAUGAUAGCACAGUCAGUCAACCAAACCUCAAGUAUACAAUUAAAUGUGUCGCUCUUGCAAUAUAUUAUCACAUCAAAAACAGGGAUCCAGAUGGAAGGAUGCUCUUAGAUAUUUUUGAUGAAAACCUUCACCCUCUUUCGAAAUCCGAAGUGCCACCAGACUAUGACAAACACAACCCAGAGCAGAAGCAGAUUUACCGGUUUGUUCGGACGCUGUUCAGUGCUGCUCAGCUGACAGCUGAAUGUGCCAUUGUCACCCUGGUGUACCUUGAAAGACUCUUAACAUACGCAGAGAUAGAUAUCUGUCCGGCCAACUGGAAGCGGAUUGUUCUGGGGGCAAUCCUGCUGGCCUCCAAGGUGUGGGAUGACCAGGCUGUAUGGAAUGUGGAUUACUGCCAGAUCCUGAAAGACAUCACGGUGGAGGACAUAAACUCCGGAGUGCCGCCUUGUUCCACUGUCCUCUGCCAGGCUGGAGCACAGAUCCUGGGGAGUGCAGCUCAGGCGCCCUGUGCUCCUCUGCCUCCCUUGCAGAGCCCUCGGUUUCCGGGCAGGGGCAAACAACCAAGCUUUCCCGUGGAGCUCCUGAGCAGGGAGAGGGCUCAUAAGCUUGAGGCCAUCUCGCGCCUUUGCGAGGACAAGUACAAGGACCUGAGAAGAUCCGCGAGGAAGCGCUCAGCCAGUGCGGACAACCUGACUCUGCCCCGGUGGUGCCCGGCCAUCAUCUCCUAACCGUGGAGGCCCGCCGGAGGCCGCACCAUCCCUUAGUUUCUCGUUUAGUUUGAGAAAAGACAGACUUGGGGUGGGUUUGGUUUUUUUUCUUUCCUUUUUUACCGCAUAGCUCCGUCGGCUGCCUGGAUGAGCGCCCGCGCAGCGAGGCUUGGAGGACGUGUCCGUGCCCUGGAGAUCCCGGCUCGCCUCCCCGCUGUCAGCAGCGGCGCUCCCCUCGUGGAGGAAGCGGCCUGGAAUCCUGGAGGAGGGAAUAAAGGGAACGGGAAGGCGCGGAGAGGCAGGGAAGAUGGUUAAGCGGCCCGGCCCUCUGGCGUCCCCGUGGGGGCGGUGGCUGCGGAGCCGGCUGCACCCGGGGCUGGGCCAGCGUGUCCUGUAAGACUUCUUGCAUUCCUUCUGCUGCUUUUUUGGGAUGGGGGAUUUUUGUUCAUUUGUUUUUGCCCUGUUUUGGUUUUGGUCCCACAGAGCAGGGAAUGUAGUUUGUACCCACCAUGGCGCAGACUUCCAAAUAAAUAGUACUGGUCAUUUCUCUCCGCACUAUUUCUGCGCGCUGUCUUCUGAGCUUUCUUCCUCACCAGUGGGCUGUGCUCGUUCCAUUUCUGUACACCCUUAUUUUAUACCGUUUUUCUUCAACAAUGGCGAAAGUAACUUGACUGUAGUGCUGAACCAAAAGGACCCCUUUCCCUCCUUACUACUCACCCCAAGAACAUUCUAGAUCACAUGGGUGCUUGUGCCUUCCGAUUUUCUUGCAUUUGUUUUUUUCCUGGCCUGAAGUUGUCAUUACAAAAUCAGUCAGACUUUGUGGGCUGAAGGACGCUGUGCAGCGGAGGGUGUCCCCGGAGCCUUCUCCAGAGUGCUGGGCGUGGCCUGAAGCCGAGUAGGAGCCAUUUCUUUGUACCCCUGCCUGAUUCAUUCCUCUCCUUACGAGUCCAUUGUUGCAAGCAAUAUUCUUCUCAAUUUUUAUAUGUUUACUUUAAAUCGAAGUUAGUCUAUUUGUAUAAAAUUUUUUAAAAAUCUAAAAUAAAAAAAAAACAAGGAUGGGUUGGGUAUUCCAGUGGGAAGAUCAUUGAAGGAAAAAUGUUAACUAUUUACUGAGGUAUUUUUCACAGAAUGAUUGAAUAAAAAAACAACUUGGCAUUUUCAUUGUGGGUGCUUAGAGAAGUUCUACAAAAUUCAAACUGUGAAGGUUUAUGCUUCAUUAAUUAUGACCGUACUUUUUCAUUUUCUGAUGAUCCCUGAUUUCCUUAUGGGCUCAGUAAGAAUCUUUCAUGUCAAGUAAAAUAAAAGAGGUAAUGAUGGAAUAUGAAAUAGCGAAUUUGAUCUGAAGUCUGAGAGUGUGCGUCACUUUCAUAUACGAUGCUUUGGGUUUUUGCAUAUUUUCUUAGGUCUCAGUGACAGGUUUCUGAGUUGUUUCCCUUUUCAAGUCUCCGGGAGGCCAGUGGCAGCAGCAGGUCUGUGUUUCACCUUCUUCCCAUGUGAGCUUGGAAAACUUUGGCAUCUUAAUUAGUCUUGAAUCAUACACCUGAUCCCCAGACAUUGCCUGCUCUCCGUGAAACACGAUUUGGAAAUGGAAGGGACUCAGAAAGUCAAAAUCCCAAAAACACCAAGCCAAAAGUGUCAGGUGCUGGUGAAAUUUGUGUCAGGUACAAGCAUACCUGUUUGGGCCAGAAUUAUCACAGCCUUUCUGACCCAAACUUUCAAAAGCAAGCAAACAGAAGGUAAAAUGUUAAUUAUCUUUCCAUUGUAAUUGUGAUGAUCUACUCUGUAUGGGUACCAAAAUCAGCUUCUCUCUUCAAGUCAGAGUUGAAUUUAGAACUUUAAAUACAGGUCUAAAAAUGUAGAAAAUAUCAUUUUAUAUUCCCUAAUCUAUAUAGCUGAAAAAGGGAUGUAUUUUCUUAGCUGAAUAUGAAUACCUCUUAAAUUAGUUCCUCUCAAGUGAAGUAUCUUAUUUUACCGAUCCAUUUCAGGAAAGAGGUUCUGCUGCCUUAAUAGCAGAAAUUUUAUUUUUAUCCCUUUUAUUUGAAUGAGAGAUUUGAAAAUCAAAUUAUGUAAAUAUUUCAAUGCAUCUGCUAUUAUUUUGUGGAGUUUAUUAAACUACUUUAAAAAAUUGUAUAGUCUAUUUAUUGUAUGUAUGUACAUACAGUCUGAUACCUAAAAUUUAAAGUGGAUUCCAUAAAACCUGACUCAGUCUUGUUUAGACUACUGAAUACUGUUUUAGCCUGUGCCCUGGACUCUACCUCUGUAUAGGAAAAGUUUCCAUAUUCAUUAAUUAGUAUUGAUCUGUAUGAAUUGGUUAUGUUUCUUGCACUAGGGAUGUUUAAAACUCUGCUGUAAGUGUAGAUUUUAGUUUUACUGGCAGGAUGAAUCACUUGACACAUAGGUAGAUACUUGAGGUUCAUUUUCUUUUCUUUUUCUACAUGAUGAUGAAUAGUUAUGUUUUCUUCUCUGAUUUGUGCAAAGUUUGCCAAAAGAAAACACAAAACCAGUACAGUACCUAUUGAUAAAUCAUAGUGACUGUAAUUUGUUUGUAAGGCGAAUUAAUGCUCUACCAUUAAAGCUGGAUUACUAUUGAGGAA